AUGUUAUCCUUCAGGUCCUCCAAGGCAGUGAAGAAGAAGAAGAAGACAAUUAUUGUUGGUCUAAAUUCAGAUAGCUCCAGCAGAGAGAUGCUACUUAGAUUGCUCAUUUCUGUUGUUAAAGCAGGGGACAGUGUAACAGCUGUUCAUGUUCAAGAAGCAGAUGCUGAUGCUUUUGAUCCAAACUCUUUCCACACCCAUGAAGAUCUCUGCAAGUCCAAGAAGGUGGAUUUCCAUGUAAAAGUCUGCAUUACAGAUUCAUAUGUUUCUGAAUUACCCUAUCAAGUGAGGAUCAGCUAUGCAACAAUCCUUGUACUUGGUUGCAGCCUUUCAGGGCCAAGCCUUUCAGCUAUCAAUACUUGCUUGAAAGGGUUACCUCCCUCAUGCACUCUUCUGGUAAUGGAUACUGUUGGAAGAAUACUUUUGGAAGGGCAGGGGACCUCCCAACAAGGCUCUGUGAGGGCAGCAGCCCUGCAAUCUUCUCAGUCAUUUUCUUCAACCUACACUUGUUCUGAUAAAAAAUCAAAUAUCACUCCCCAGUUGCAAAAGUCAUUCACCGUACCAGCUUCCUCUACAGGGCCAUCAAUGCGACCAACUACUAGACGAGCACUCUCUGCUGUAAAUAAAGUGGUGGAGGUUUCUGACUCGGUGGCUGAGAAACUGUUUCAUAAAUUGGCACUGUUAGAAGCAGAAGGGUCCAUCAGGAAUUUCGCACCGCAAGAGCUUCGUUAUGCAACUAACAAUUUCAACUCUGCCAUGGUGAUUGGAGAGGGUGGACAUAGUAAGGUGUACCGUGCCAAACUUGGAGAUGGUCAAGAUGCUGCUGUGAAAGUCCUCAAAUCCUCACACUGUUCUGCUGUGGAUUUUUUUCGAGAAGUACACUUGUUUUCAAGUAUGAAACAUGAGAGCAUUGUUCAGAUAAUCGGGUUCUGCAAUAACAAGGAGGUGCAAGCAAUUGUAUAUAAUCUUUUAAAGGGAAGUUUGAGGCAGAAUUUGAGACAACUUAGGUGGAGUGAGAGGAUGAAAGUUGCAAUUGGAGUGGCAAAGGCACUGGACUACCUUCAUCAUUCUCACAACCCUCCUAUCAUUCAUAGGGAUGUGAAGUCAUCCAACAUUCUCCUCUCCCACAAUUGCGAACCGAUUUUGUCGGAUUUUGGAGCAGCUAUGUUCCUUCAGCAAGCUUCAGCUAAAACAAAGGCGCCAUUUGAUGUCGUUGGGACAUUUGGAUACUUAGCCCCGGAGUACAUGAUGUAUGGCAAGGUUGAUGAAAAGAUAGAUGUGUACUCAUAUGGAGUGGUGCUCCUAGAACUCAUCACUGGGAAAGAGGCUAUUCAAACUGACCAGGAGAUUCGUGAAAGCUUAGUGCUAUGGGCAAGGUCCUUGAUGUGCAGUGGCAUAUGGGAACGUCUAAUUGAUCCUAACUUGGUUGAAGACUAUAACAAGGAAGAGAUGGAAAUGAUGAUGAUCGCAGCGCGCCUCUGCCUUAUGCAUUCGUCUUCUCGAAGGCCAACCAUGAAGAUGGCCACUUUGAGACUAGGUUAA